GGAACAUGGAGAGGGACAGGAGGAAACGCGGCGCCAGCAGCAUCUCAUCUACCCUCCUUGACACCUCCUCCCCGUGGCUCCAGUCAGACCCUGGAGGUCAGCCUUGCGGACCAACAGGAGGACUCCCAGCUUUCCCUUUUCAAGAGGUCCCCAGACACCGGCCGCCCUCUUCCAGCCCCUGCGGCCGGCGCAAGGAGGCACCAACGCUCUCAGGCUGUCGCGUGGUGCAGCGUCGAGCAUCCUCGCCGAGGUCCUUUCUGCUGCCUGUCCCGCCUCACCCCGCUCCAUCACACCAGCUGGCCCUCUUUGCUUCCCUUUCCCAGAAUCGUUAAGCCCCGACCCCCACCAGCGCCUCGUACCAACCUCGCCCCACCCCGUCCCCCUGCUUUCCUGCGCUCCGGUAUUCCCCGCUGCCAUGAGCUCCCCCAUCAGCAAGAACCGCUCGCUUGCCGCCUUCCUGAAGCAGCUGCGCAGUCCGAGACAGCCCCCGAGACCGGUGACAUCUACGGCGUACACGUCCCCUCAGCCGCGAGAGGUGCCAGUCUGCCCGCUGACAGCUGGUGGCGAGACUCAGAACGCAGCCGCCCUGCCGGGCCCCACCAGCUGGCCACUGCUGGGCAGCCUGCUGCAGAUUCUCUGGAAAGGGGGGCUCAAGAAACAGCACGACACCCUGGUGGAGUACCACAAAAAGUACGGCAAGAUUUUCCGCAUGAAGUUGGGUUCCUUUGAGUCGGUGCACCUGGGCUCGCCAUGCCUGCUGGAAGCACUGUACCGCACCGAGAGCGCGUACCCGCAGCGGCUGGAGAUCAAACCGUGGAAGGCCUAUCGCGACUACCGCAAAGAAGGCUACGGGCUGCUGAUCCUGGAAGGGGAAGACUGGCAGCGGGUCCGGAGUGCCUUUCAAAAGAAACUAAUGAAACCAGUGGAAGUGAUGAAGCUGGACAACAAAAUCAAUGAGGUCUUGGCUGAUUUUAUGGGCAGAAUAGAUGAGCUCUGUGAUGAAAGAGGCCACAUUGAAGACUUGUACAGCGAACUGAACAAAUGGUCGUUUGAAAGUAUCUGCCUCGUGUUGUAUGAGAAGAGAUUUGGGCUUCUCCAGAAGAAUGCAGGGGAUGAAGCUGUGAACUUCAUCGUGGCCAUCAAAACAAUGAUGAGCACGUUUGGGAGAAUGAUGGUCACUCCAGUCGAGCUGCACAAGAGCCUCAACACCAAGGUCUGGCAGGACCACACUCUGGCCUGGGACACCAUUUUCAAAUCAGUCAAAUCUUGUAUCGACAACCGGUUAGAGAAGUAUUCUCAGCAGUCUAGUGCAGAUUUCCUUUGUGACAUUUAUCACCAGAAUCGGCUUUCAAAGAAAGAAUUGUAUGCUGCUGUCACAGAGCUCCAGCUGGCUGCAGUGGAAACGACAGCAAACAGUCUAAUGUGGAUUCUCUACAAUUUAUCCCGUAAUCCCCAAGUGCAACAAAAACUUCUUAAGGAAAUUCAAAGUGUAUUACCUGAGAAUCAGGUGCCACGGGCAGAAGAUUUGAGGAAUAUGCCGUAUUUAAAAGCCUGUCUGAAAGAAUCUAUGAGGCUUACGCCGAGUGUACCAUUUACAACUCGGACUCUUGACAAGGCAACAGUUCUGGGUGAAUAUGCUUUACCCAAAGGAACAGUGCUGAUGCUAAAUACCCAGGUGUUGGGAUCCAGUGAAGACAAUUUUGAAGAUUCAAGUCAGUUUAGACCUGAACGUUGGCUUCAGGAGAAGGGAAAAAUUAAUCCUUUUGCGCAUCUUCCAUUUGGCAUUGGAAAAAGAAUGUGCAUUGGUCGCCGAUUAGCAGAGCUUCAACUGCAUUUGGCUCUUUGUUGGAUUGUCCGCAAAUAUGACAUCCAGGCCACAGACAAUGAGCCUGUUGAGAUGCUACACUCAGGCACCCUGGUGCCCAGCCGGGAGCUCCCCAUCGCGUUUUGCCAGCGAUAAGAUGCCUCAGGUGGAGUCUCACACUGUCACCUGGGCUGGAGUGCAAUGGUGCAAUCUCGGCUCACUGCAACCUCCAUCUCCCGGGUUCACGCGAUUCUUCUGCCUCAGCCUCCCGAGUAGCUGGGAUUAUAGGUGCACACCACCACACCCAGCUAAUUUUUUGUAUUUUUAGUAGAGAUGGGGUUUCAUUAUGUUGGCCUGACUGGUCUCAAUCUCCUGACCUCAUGAUCCACCCGCCCCAGCCUCCCAAAGUGCUGGUAUUACAAGCAUGAGCCACCACCCCCAGUGGCGGAAAUAAGACAUUUGUAACAUAUGGCCUUAUAGACGGACAUGUCAGUGUUUAAACCUAGAUUCUAUCAUUGUGUUCUUUUAGCAGCACCUCCUAGGAUCUUCCUAGAAAAAAAUGCUGUUUGCCAAUGGCAAGUUAAGGAGCAUUUGCUUAUUGGUAGAUUAUUUAGAGAAACAUGCAAUUACAGAUGAAAUUUCUGAACAAGGCCCAAAUGAAUACAUUAUUAUUCCUCCACCAAGUGUCUGAUGCUAUUAUGAAAUUUGUCAAAUUCUGAGCAUCCCAACCAACAGAAUUGAAUCAAGUAGGGUAAGGAAAGUAUUCUAGCUGAAUUGUGAGACCCCAGUCUUCAGCAAAGAGCAUGCAUGUUUAUCACAGUGAGCCACACCUUUGGCAUGAGCCCAUGGCAAUUUAAGUUUUAGCAUUUUUUUUUGGGCUAAUAAUUUGUCUUGUUUAAAUACACUUCUUUGAUAUAUACAAUUAGGGUAUACCUUUUUUGGUUUUUUUUUUUUCAGAUUUUUUUUUUUUUUUUUAACCAAAACCAAAACAGCCAUUUCAACUUUUCUGCAAGAAUGGUGCUUACGGCUUCUACGUUACCGGAAAGCAAACUUCAACCACCACACCAUACCACAGCUUAUAAAGAAUAUUUAGGCCCAGGUGUUGAUACUUUUUCUUCUGCAAAAUUGUUCCAGAAGAUGUACUGUCUUUCUAGACGGUGGUAUUUGCUAACAUCAUAUCCAACUCAGGGAGCGGACUGAGUGCUGGGAUCCAAGGCAUUCUACAGGGUUCACUGCUGGUUUACACUUCACCUGUAUCAGCACCGUCUUCAGGUGCUUAGAAUGGCCUGGGAGCCUGUUCUGUCUUGCAUCUUCCAUGACAUGAAAGGGAGGCUGGCACUUGUCAAUCAGGUAGAGGUUACGAACCGUUUCAGCCCCUGCCUACCACAUUCACUGUUUGAAUCUUUAAUUCCCAAGAAUAAGUUUACAUUUCACAAUGAAAGACCUACAACAGCUAAAUUUUCUGGGGCUGGAAGUAAUACUGACAAUCCAUUUACUGUAGCUUUGCUUAAUGUACUACUUGGGAAACUGUCCCUGCUUAAUAAUGUAAGCCAAGCUAAAUGAUGGUUAAAGUUAUCAGGCCUCCCAUGAAAUUGCGUUCUUCCUGCGUUGAAAUAAAAACAUUAUUGGGAAACUAGAGAACACCUCUAUUUUGAAAAGGACUUUAAUGAAGUCAAACAUCUUAUAAGACUAGUGAUUCACUGGGGCAUUAUUUUGUUAGAGGACCUUAAAAUUCUUUAUUUUUUAAAUGUGAUUCCUUUAUGGCAUUAGGGUAAGGAUGAAGCAACAAUUUUUAAAUUGUGUAUGUGCAUAUGAAGCACAGAUAUGCAUGUGUGUGUGUGUCUGUGUGUGUGUCCGUGUAUGUGUGUGUGUAUUCUAAUGGUAAUUUGCCUCAGUCAUUUUUUUAAUAUUUGCAGUACUUGAUUUAGGAUCUGUGGUGCAGGGCAAUGUUUCAAAGUUUAGUCACAGCUUAAAAAUAUUCAGUGUGACUUUAAUAUUAUAAAAUGAUUUCCCAUGCCAUAAUUUUUCUGUCUAUUAAAUGGGACAGUUGUAAAGCAUGCAAAAGUUAGAGAUCUGUUAUAUAACAUUUGUUUUGUGAUUUGAACUCCUAGGAAAAAUAUGAUUUCAUAAAUGUAAAAUGCACAGAAAUGCAUGCAAUACUUAUAAGACUUAAAAAUUGUGUUUACAUGUGGUUUAUUUGUGCAUAUUUUUACUACUGCUUUUCCUAAAUUCAUACUGUAUGUAAUUCUGUAUAUUCAAUAAAUAUUUCUUCCUACAUUAUAUUUUUAGAACAUUUCAGAAAUAUACAUUUAUGUCUUUAUAUUGUAAUAAAUAUGUACAUAUCUAGGUAUAUGCUUUCUCUCUGCUGUGAAAUUAUUUUUAGAAUUAUAAAUUCACAUGUCUUGUCAGAUUUCAUCUGUAUACCUUCAAAUUCUCUGAAAGUAAAAAUAAAAGUUUUUAAAUAUU